CUACAACCUCAAUUGGGAUAAUACCUCCGUAAGUGAAGCUCUUUUCGUCGACCAUGGAACUCACGUAUUCAAUAACCUGAUGGUAAAUGUUACUACACCCUACCUUAUGCAACAGCCUCCGACAGAGCAAGCACCCCGCGCCCAAUGUCGGUCGGCAUCAACACAGCUCCGUCAACGCAAACAAGCCGAUCAAUGAUGAAUUUGUCCCCAUAAAACGCGUCGUCCAUCCAGACUCCCAUGGAGCUACCUACCCAGCUACACCUCCCUCAUGCUACCUCAUGCUACCCCAUCUUGCCCAUAUGCCCGUCGAGCCACUGCGGGCUGGCCCCUUCUACUGUAGGCAGGAACGCCAUCUGUCCCUCCGCUCUUGACGUCAUGAUGUCUCGCCCAUGUACGGCUCUGCAGCUCAAGCUCCCUCAGCUCCGCGCGACCGACACUGCGACCCGUGGUCACUCGGCCGUCGCUCGGUCACUAGUUAACCACCUCACCUUAGGUAAUUGCCUUGAGACCUUUC